UAUCACAGAUUUUAUUUUACUUAGCAGUGACAACAUGAAGUUCUCGGUAUUGACUCUGUUGUGUCUAGUAGCGGCUGCCAGCGCGAGGCAUAUCACCCUCGAAGAUGUCAUCGAUUUUGAGCAAAGAACCGCGUAUGGAUACAUUGAAAGAGUCGGAAUUCCGUUAGCUGAGAAGAUCCGCAAAGCUGAGGAGGAAGCUCAACGUGAUCCCAGUAGGAUCAUUGGUGGUUCUCACGCUAUUCUUGGACAAUUCCCAUACCAGGUUGGUCUAAUAACAGAAGUACCGAUGGGUAUGUCUGUGGCCAGUGCAGUUCUAGUAUCUCCAACGAGAGUACUUACUGCAGCACACAACUUGGCUGAUGCUGUAGCAUUCGUGACAAGGAUCAACGUCGUUCUUGGCUCUGUCACCUUAUUCAGUGGUGGCACCCGAGUGGUUAGCAGUGACUUUGUUCUCCAUGAAAAUUACAUCGCUGCUACCAUCAGAAAUGACGUAGCUAUGAUCAACUUACCUUCUGCCGUCACUACUUCAAGUAUCCUCGCUCCAAUCGCUCUGCCAACUGGUGAGCAGCUGAAUGAAGACUUCGCUGGUGACAUAGCUAUUGCAUCUGGUUAUGGCAAAAGUGCAGAUGUUGGGUUCCCGAGUGAAAAUUUGCUUUACGUGGACUUGCCCGUGAUCAGCAAUGAUGACUGCGCUCAGGUCUUCGGCUCGUUCGUCCAACCUUCUAACGUUUGCACCAGUGGCGCUGGUAACAAAGGCAUCUGCACUGGUGACUCUGGCGGUCCUCUCGCCGUUGUAAGGAACAACAGCCCACUCUUAAUUGGAAUUACUUCAUUCGGGGCCGGCAGUUGCGAAAGCGGAUUUCCCUCAGGAUAUGCACGAGUCACUUACUUCAUGAACUGGAUAAACAGCCACCUGUACGAUAACAUGAAGUUCUCGGCAUUGACUCUGUUGUGUCUAGCAGCGGUUGCCUGCGCGAGGCAUAUCACCCUCGAAGAUGUCAUCGAUUUAGAAAAGAACACUGCUUAUGGAUACAUCAGCAAAAUCGGAAUUCCGUUAGCUGAGAAAGUACGUAAAGCUGAGGAGGAAGCUCACCGUAAUCCCAGUAGGAUCAUUGGCGGUUCUCACGCUAUUCUCGGACAAUUCCCGUACCAGGUUGGUCUUCUCACUGAGCUGCCGACGGGUACUUCGUUGUCCAGUGCAGUUCUAGUGUCUCCAACAAGGGUACUUACGGCGGCUCACAACUUGAACGAUGGCAUAGUGUUCGUGACAAGAAUCAAUGUCGUGCUUGGCUCAAUCACUAUAUUCACUGGUGGCACUAGACUAGUCUCAUCUGAUUUCAUUUUACACGAAAAUUGGACACCUUCUAUCAUCAGAAAUGAUGUAGCUAUGAUCAACUUACCAUCUGCCGUCAGUAUAUCUAAUAUCCUCGCUCCAAUCGCUUUACCUUCUGGUAAUCAACUCAAUGAGGAUUUCGCUGGAGACAUUGCGAUUGCAUCUGGCUAUGGACUUACUUCAGACUUUGGCGGUAUCCCUGCUAAUCAACAGUUGAGCUUUGUGGACUUGCCUGUGAUGACCAAUGCUGAGUGUGCUGCUGUCUGGCCCACUAUCAUCCACGAGUCUAACGUAUGCACUAGCGGCGUUGGAAACAAGAAUAUCUGCACCGGUGACUCCGGCGGCCCCCUGGCCGUGGUCAGGAACAAUAGCCCACUCUUAGUAGCAGUGAAGUUCUCGGCAUUGACUCUGUUGUGUCUAGUAGCGGCUGCCUGCGCGAGGCAUAUCACCCUCGAAGAUGUCAUCGAUUUAGAAAAGAACACCGCGUAUGGAUACAUUGACAGAAUCGGGGUUCCGUUAGCUAAGAAAGUUCGCAAAGCUGAGGAGGAAGCUCAACGCAUCCUCGCUCCUAUCGCUCUGCCUUCUGGAAAUCAGCUUAAUGAAAACUUUGUUGGUGACACAGCAAUUGUAUCAGGUUUUGGAUUAACCCCAACGUCUGGCAUAACCGCUAAUCAUCAGCUGAGCUUCGUGGAUGUGCCUGUGAUCCCCAAUGCUGAGUGUGCUCAGGUGUUCGGCUCGACCAUCCAACCUUCUAACUUUACGAGCAGGGACAACAUGAAGUUCUCGGCAUUGACUCUGUUGUGUCUAGUAGCGGCUGCCUGCGCGAGGCAUAUCACCCUCGAAGAUGUCAUCGAUUUAGAAAAGAACACCGCGUAUGGAUACAUUGACAGAAUCGGGGUUCCGUUAGCUGAGAAAGUUCGCAAAGCUGAGGAGGAAGCUCAACGUAAUCCCAGCAGAAUCGCCGGAGGUUCUCUUGCUUUUCUUGGACAAUUCCCAUAUCAGGUUGGUCUCCUCGUUGAGCUGCCAAAUCGCGUCUCUUUGUCGAGUGCUGUUCUAGUAUCUCCAACGAGAGUUCUUACCGCGGCUCAUAACUUGGAUGAUGGCGUUGCAUUCGUGACAAGAAUUAAUGUCGUGCUUGGCUCAGUCACUAUUUUCACCGGUGGUACUAGAAUUGUUACCACUAACUUCGUUCUGCAUGAGAAUUGGACACCCUCUAUCAUCUUAAAUGACGUAGCUAUGAUCAACUUACCAUCGGCCGUAAGCACUUCCAGCAUCCUCGCUCCUAUCGCUCUACCUUCUGGAAAUCAGCUCAAUGAAAACUUUGUUGGUGACACAGCGAUUGUAUCAGGUUUUGGGUUUACCCCAUCGUCUGGAGUAGCCGCUAAUCAACAGCUGAGCUUCGUGGCCGUACCUGUGAUCCCCAAUGCUGAGUGUGCCGCGCUUUGGCCCACUAUCAUCCAACCUUCUAACGUAUGCACCAGCGGUGCUGGUAACAAGGGCAUCUGCAGUGGUGACUCCGGUGGUCCUCUUAUUGUUGUCCGAAACAACAGACCACUCUUGAUUGGUAUUUCUUCGUUUGGAGGAGCGUGUGGAAGCAGUAGUCCCUCUGGAUUCGCCAGAGUAACUUCUUUCAUGACCUGGAUCAACAACCGCCUUUGAACUGUUUAAUGUAAUAAAUUAUCUAUUAAAACUGUAAAUACA